AAGACAUCUCUCCCUCUCCAGGUAGGAGCAACAUCUGCAUUGUUUGUCGCACCAAGACACGCUCUCACUCACGUUUGGCGAUCUAAAGGAGCGUAUCUGCUCCUUUUUGACAAAGGCGUUGAGAUGUCCACGCGUUGCUUUCUCACCAGUUCACAGUGAAAAGGAGAAAAGACGACUGCCCUGCAAAUUUAUGCGGAGUGACAGUCAUGGGCUGUUCAGUAGAAUAGGCCAGUGAUCAGUUGUGCGGAGGAGUAAUACUGUCAGAGAGCCCCAUUCAGUUUCCCACCAUGGCUGAAGAGGACUAUGCCACCUUUGUGGACGCGAACCAGAUGGGGGAUCUGGCGAAGAGCAGCGGGCCCACCAAGGUAGACUGCAAGGACCUGAGAGAGUUUAAGCAGAUGGCUCGUCAGGGUUACUGGGCCAAGAAUCACAAACUUCGGGCGCAAGUGUACCAGCAGCUGAUCAAAACCAUCCCCUGUCGCACGGUGACGCCGGAUGCAGAAGUCUAUCGAGACCUCAUGGGAAGUGAGGUCACUACGAAGCCGUCCUCCAACAUCCCGCUGCCUGACUUUGUGGACGGGAGCCCCGUGCCGCGCUACUGCCUGAAGGCCGAUGCAGUUGGCUCCGCCCACCGCAUAAUCAGCUGCCUGUCUGGUCAGUUUCCUGAUAUUUCCCACUGCCCCUCCCUCCCAGCCAUCACUUCUUUGCUCCUGCACUUUAGCGCCGACGAGGCUCAGUGUUUCGAGCACGUGAGCCGCAUACUCGCUUGUAACGAGCCGGGAAAACGGCUCCUGGAUCAGACCUUUCUGGCCUACGAGUCGGGCUGCAUGACUUUCGGGGAUCUGGCCAACAAGUACUGUGCGCCAGGUCAUAAACUGAUCGUGGCCACGGCCCAGGAUGUUCUGGAGGUCUACUCGGACUGGCAGCGCUGGGUGCUCGGCGACUUGCCCUUCAGCCACAUAGUCCGCGUCCUGGAUGUCUACCUGGUGGAGGGCUACAAGAUUCUGUACCGCGUGGCCAUAGCUUUACUCAAGUUCUACCGAAAGCACAAGGCGGGAGCCGCAGGGGCGCAAGCCGACCAGCAGCAGGAUUCCGGGAAAGUCAGGUCGGACAUUCAGGCUUUCGUCAAAGGAAUCGCUUCGGUGGUCACGCCUGAUAAGCUGCUGGAGAAGGCCUUCUCCAUUCGCCUGCUGAGCCGCAAGGAGAUCACCUUGUUGCAGCUCACCAAUGAGAAGUCCCUUCAACAAAAGGGCAUCACUGUCAAGCAGAAGAGGAGGAACGUACAGCUGGCACUUAACCCGGACACUUUCUCCUCAGAGAUUGUCAGCGCUAAGGAGAUGCGGGACAUCUGGUCGUGGAUUCCCGAGCGCUUUGCCUUGUGCCAACCACAGCUCCUCUUCACCACCUCCACACAUGGCUGCAGCCUCAACAGAUUCUACGAGCAUUGUGAAGGCUACGAGCCCACGCUGCUACUUAUCCGAACCACAGACGGAGAUGUAUGCGGAGCCUUCCUGUCUACUGAUUGGGAAGAACGCAAGAGGGGAGGCAACAAGCUGAGUUUCUUUGGCACAGGGGAGUGCUUCGUCUUCAGGCUGAAGCCGGAGAUGGAGCGCUAUGAGUGGGUGGUGAUCCGCCACCCAGAGUUAGCCUCCGCCGUCAAGACUCAGGGUCAGGAGGACGCGGAACCCUCCGAGGGCCAAAACUCUGUCGUAAAUAGUUUGCAGCAGACAGAGAAGGCAGCCGGUGAGCUGUCGCCCUUCCUGUCCGCCCGCCACUUCAACCUCAACUCAAGGAACACUUCCAUGUUCAUGGCUGGGAACUUUGACUCUAUCAUCAUAGGUGGCGGUGAAGGCAACGCUCUGUACAUCGACUCAGAGCUCAACCACGGGCGCACCGGCUGCUGCACCACGUUCGACAACCCACCACUGUGUGCCGAGAGCUUCCAAGUGGCCCUGUUGGAAACGUGGGGCUUCCAGGACACCAUGGCCACAUAAUGCUACGUCCACUUUAUACAACCCAACAGCGUGAAGCGCUUAAUCUAACGUACAUUACUCACAAAAAGUUAGAGAUAUUCAGCUUUCGGGUGAAAUUUCAUAUGAACCUAAAAUGCACUAUAACGUUUUGAGGUAAAACUAAUUCGGCCUUCUCUAAACAUCUAAAUGCACGUCCAACUUUAGGUGAAAACAUUUCCUGCAAAAUACAGCCGUCCUGCAAAUCAACUCUUGAGUGUAUUUAUGGACCUUAUUUCAUCAUGAAGAAAAUGUCAUGUUUUUUAGUUUUGUCUAUUUUUAUGUAUAAAUGUUCAUAACUAGCCUGAUAACGUGUACAGUUUCAUGUCAUGUCGUCUCUGUGGCAUUCAUAUCCAUACUGAGGAGCAAUUAAAUUUGUAAAUCUGAAUGUAAAUUUGUUUUUAUGUGAAGUUGUUCAUUUCAAGACUACCAAAUUCACACUAAAACUAAGUGCAGUCCUAAAGAAACAUCAGUGACCACAUCUGGUCGUACUGGUAUAUUGUUCCUGAAAUAUGUGCGGCCAUAAAGUGUUUUUAAAUCUUGGAUAAACAGGAUUCAAAUGUAAUAAUAAUAAGUGGAUUUGUUAGCUGAAGUUUUGGUCAUAUAGCUGUAAGAGCUCGAACUAAAUUAAUGUGACUAGUAUCUGUGAUGCAUUUCAGUGUUGCCAUUUUGCACUAUGUUUAUGCCAGAGCUGCCAAGUGAGUGACAGCUAAGCAGGCCAAUUUUUUUUUUAUUUUUUUUUUUUUUCUAAAGGAAUGUGAAUUGUGAGAAAUGCUUAUGUGUAAAGGUAAUGGUGGCUCUCGUGUUUUACCAUUUGAGUUUUCCGUCCUCUAGUGACAAUGGUAACAAAAAGUCCAGAAUAGUGGUCACUUUGGCAAUAUGUUCUCCCACUUAUGCAACCUUUUGAUAUUUGUACAUCUGUAUGGUUAAAUGUGUA